GUGAGGGAAGUUGUCAGGCGGUCUUGGCGGGGUGAGGAGGAGUGACCCGGGAGAGAGCGCUUGAGGAGAAACCUGACCCUUUCCUUUCGUUGGCCUCCCGAAAGCCUCGAGGCUGCCGCAGUUACACGCAGAGAGGAGACUUCUUUAUACUGAGAAGCAAUGGACGAAGGAGCAAGUCAAAUGCAGCCCUGCAAUGAAAACCAGCUAUCAAACUCUGAAGAUGAAUGCGGGUGGCAAGUUACAGACAUGACUAGACUGCGCCGUUUCUUGUGUUUUGGUUCUGAAGGAGGUGCUUUCUAUGUCAAGGAACAAAAACUGAGCUUUGAAAGUGUAGAUGCUCUUUUGAGGCUUAUUGAAGAUGGCAAAGGUUAUGAAGCAGUACAAGAAAUAAAGACGUUCAGCCAGGAAGGUAGAGCAGCCAAACAGGAUCCAGUAUUGUUUGCACUUGCCAUUUGUUCACAAUGUUCUGAUGCCAAAACCAAACAAGAAGCUUAUAAGGCUGUCCCUGAAAUUUGUCAUAUACCAACCCAUCUCUUCACUUUCAUCCAGUUUAAAAAGGAUCUGAAGGAAGGCAUGAAUUGUGGCAUGUGGGGCCGUGCCCUGAGAAAAGCUGUUUCAGUUUGGUACAAUGGAAAGAAUGACAUGGCUAUUGCUUUAGCAGUGACAGCAUACAAGAAGAAAAAUGGCUGGUGCCAUAAAGAUCUUCUCAGGUUAUCGCAUCUAAAGCCUGCAAAUGAAGGCCUGGCCAUUGUCACUAAGUAUGUAAUGAAGGGAUGGAAGGAAGUCCAAGAGACAUAUAAAGAGAGCAGACUUUCUGCUGAGGCUGAAAAAGUGUUGAAGUAUUUGGAAGCAGUGGAGAGGGUAAAGCAUACAACGGAUGAACUGGAAGUGAUUCAUUUGAUAGAAGAGCAUAGUUUAGUUAGAGAACACCUCCUGACAAGUCAUUUGAAAUCUAAAGAGGUAUGGAAAGCACUGCUACAGAACAUGCCUGUAACAGCAAUAUUGAAGAACCUGGGGAAAAUGACAGCAAAUUUUGUUCUUGAACCAGGAAGCUCAGAGGUAGCAAUGGUUUGUGAAAAACUAAAAAAUGAAAAACUUCUUAAAAAGGCUCAAAUACACCCAUUCCAUAUUUUGGUUGCAUUAGAAAACUAUAAAGGAGAGCGUGGUUAUCGGGGAAAACUACGCUGGCAACCAGAGAAGGACAUCUUGGAAGCUCUAGAUACUUCAUUUUACAAGUCCUUCAAGGCAUUAGAACCAAUGGGAAAGCGUAUCUUAGUUGCAGUUGAUGUUAGUGAUUCUAUGUUGCAAAAGGUUUUUGGUAGUGUGCUGAAUGCUAGUACCAUUGCUGCAGCAAUGUGCAUGGUUGUGGCACGCACUGAAAAAGAUUCCCACAUUGUUGCAUUUUCCCAUGAUAUAGUUCCUUGUCCUGUGACUGAGGAUAUGACUUUACCACAAGUAUUACAGAAAAUGUCUGAGAUUCCAAGGGGUGCCACCAAUUGUUCUGCUCCAGUGCUCUGGGCCCAAAAGACAGGUGUAGCAGUUGAUGUUUUUAUUAUCUUCAUGGAUAGUGAGACCUUUGCUGGAGAUGUUCAUCCUGCCACAGCGUUGAGACAGUAUAGAGAGGGAAUGGGUAUUCCAUCCAAGUUAAUUGUUUGUGGAAUGACAUCCAGUGGCUUUACUGUUGCAGACCCAGAUGACAGAGGGAUGCUGGAUAUUUGUGGUUUUGAUACAGGAACACCCAUUGUCAUUCAAAACUUCAUUUUGGAUUUGAUCUAAACCUGUGAGCACUCGCUUUUCUAAAGCUCUUAACUUCCUGAAGAAUUGACUAGGGGACCUAUCAAUUGCAUUAACAAGACUUUAUUAAUUCAAGGCUAAAUUUCAUACUUCCUUUGGAGUAUUAACAUUUUAAAAGAGAUGUAAAAACAGCCAUUGGCAAACUCUACUUUCUGAACAUACUGUUUACAUCUGUUGUGCAUAAUUCUAGGUUUCCUAUUGGUUUUUAGAACUAAAUAUGGAAUACAGUGAAUGCUUUUAAUUUUUUAUAUUAGUUUAACUAUGACAAUGUAUUCCAUUACUGAAGAUUUUAUUUUCCUAGAAUGAAUUUAUUGUGUUAAUCACAGGGAAUCAAAGGAUGAGACGUCUUCAUCUUUUUACACUGUUUCAGGUUAAUUAACAACUGUUUGAUUGGAAUAACUUAUUCGACUAUCUGGGAAAAAUGAGCCACAUAUGCACUACAGGUUAUAUUACUUCUAUCAUUACCCAUUAGUUCCUAUUACUUUAUGGAACACUUACCACUGACAACUUGAUGCUCUCCUUGUUUUUAGCAGAUAUUUUGUAUUAAGCAAUGUUGGAAAAUUUGGAAAUAACAGAUCAUUCCCAGGGAUAUUGAUUUGCUGAAUAUACUUUACCCUUCUAAACUCUUGUUCUAAAAAAUGGUCUUGCAAAAACCAUCGAUUUUGUGCACAUUAUAGUCUAACUCAAUGUUUCUCAAAUUUGACAACUUUAAGAUGUGUAGAUUUCAACUCCUAGAAUUCCCUAACCAGCAAAUUGCCAAGUUUGAGAAACACUGAUCAAACUGGUCUAUGUUUUAUUUCCUGACAAUGGAUAGUAGGUUUCUCAAGCAAGCUUUUUUAAUAGAAUCAGAAAAAAAUACUUUCUGAUGUUCUUUAUAGAAAAUGUGAUUUAUCAUAUCACUUAAAGUAAGAGGAGAAAAAGGCAAAAAGAAGCAAAGAUAGGUGUUAUUACUAAAGGUAGCCAUAUUCAUGUGUUACUUGUAAAACAGUUAUACAAUAAAUCAGAAAUGGACACACAUUUCUAGCUCCGCCUUAACAUGAUGACUGAUCUGUCUUUCUGUACAUAUUAACAUUUGUAAAAUAGUCUUUUUGUGUUGGCAUAUCUACUUAAAUGUAGAGAUGCUGUGAGAGCAAGAUAGCUGAUUAUAUGUUGUUUUAAUUUAUAUAAACUCUGCACAUGAAAAAUUGGUAAAACAUAGAGCUUUGUUGCUCAAAUUCUGUGCUCAAUGAAUGGGUCUUACAAACAGGACCUAAAAUACUUUUAUUCCUGCCUUACCAUCAGGCUGAUUUGCAUAGGGAUUAUAUGUUCCUAAAGCAUGUAAUUUAAUGACAUUUGCCCUUUGUUAAUUUCUUUGUGUCCUAAUGCAAGGACUAUCACUGCUGGUAGGCAAAACAAGAUUAAGGCCAGCUGCAGAAUUUUAGCUGUUUCCACAAUUCUUUUGGCAAGGAGAUAACCUGUUGCUGAUCUGAACUUGGCAUUCCAGUUGGGCCUGCUGGGAGUUGUAUCAUUCCAGAUGUUGCUGAUCUCCAAAUUGUCCAUCUUUGUCCGAGAAAAUAAGCUCAUGUAAACAGUACAUUCUCUUUUAAUUGAACAGAAGAGUUAUAAGGUAGUAAAUCGAUGGGCUGAGCAAGAAAGAAGAAGUUUAUAUGAAAGCCCGUUUCACAACUCAUGUUGCUGUUCCUUCUCUUCCUAUAUUAUAGUCCCAUACCAAACAGCCCAUAAAUCAGGAAACCUUUCUGUGUCAUAUGAACAAUAAGACUUCUUAACUUAAUGCAUGAAUUUCCAGCUUGGUACAAAAACACUCUUCUUGGUUUGGGCAGUUCUCCUUUGCUGCAAUUCUAUAUUACAUGCAGUAGCAGGAAAAUCAGGAAAACAAUUAUGGCAGUGUUUACUGUAAUGCAGGAUUGGCAAACUGGUGAAGAGGAAAACUAACCAAGUUCGACUAGCCAAGUCACAGAAGACUUAUUAGCUACAUUUUCAUUUUCAUUGAGCAUGUGGUGCUUGCAGACAAAUUUGUCACUAAGCCAGGCUUAAUGGGGCAUUGUGACCAAUGAACAUAUCCUUUGCCUUUGAAAAAACAUUAUUCAUUGACUUAGAAAAUUGAGGAACAUGUUAGUGCUGAAUGGAGAACCUUUCCUCCUCUCUGUUCUGUUAAAGUGCACUUCCUGGCCUCCAUCAUUAGCUAGAUUUAUAAUUUAAUAACAUCUGGAAAGAAGCAUUUUUCCACCUUUGGCUAAUGUAUGCAUAGUGUACAUUUGUAGUAGCAUACAUUCUGGAACCAAAUCCCCUUAAUGAAUUCAAGUUGAUAAUCUUAUAAACAAUUUGUAAUCAAGAUUGUGACAUUUGUCUACUUCUUCCCCAAAGAGUUUUACCGUGUACUUAUGAUAGCUGUUCACAUUUUUUCAUAAUUCCAGACAUAAUGUAUACCAUUUUUUUUAGAUAAAAGUGGCUAGAGAAAUUGCUUUGACUCAGUUUUCUCCAACUUGGAUGGGAGGUGGUAGAAACACAGCACAUUAGGUGAAGUUAUGGAAAGCUCCUGAUGCUCAAUGAAAAGUGCCAAAAGAAUGACCCAGAUUAUGUUUACUGGGCAAAAUUUUGCACUGCAGGUUAUAGAAUCUGAUACUAAAUAACAAGUGAUGAUACAGGCUUGUAAUAUUUGUUUGCUUGGAAGAUUUGUUGAUUAAACUUUCCCCAACUACUUCAGCUCUCCUGUCUGCAGCAAAUUUGCACUAGAGAACUGGGGCAUUUUGUAGCAGAUACUGGAGUGGAUAGAAGGGAGAUAUUUUUUUUUUAUACAAGUCCUUUCAUGCAGCAUUUGGAUGUAAUUUGGUAGAAGCAGCAUGCCUACUUUAGGUAGCUAAAAUCUUUAAAAAGCCCUAGAAUAAUACUGUCAGACUAAUGAUCAAUUCUUGGUAUAGUUAGAGAAGAGGAGGUUGUUUUGGAAAUGCUGUUCUGUAGUUAUUCUUCUGUCUUUUACAGAAGUAGCAGUUGAUCAACAGCUGCUCUAUUAAAAUCAUGGAUUUUAAAUAAUUUGUAGCUGUAUUGACCUUUCUGUAAAUUAUCUUUAUUAAAGAAUAUUUAAAUAUCUAAAAGGGUUUCUACAGUGCCACACAAGGCAUUUUACCUUGGGUAAUAAUGUGUGCUCUAAACUAGUUUUCUUGUCUAUUUUUUGAGGGGAUUCUUACUGCAUUUCCUAUUUAACUGUAAAAAAAUAAAGAUCAUGGUUCGUAUUA